GACCGGAAGCUGUCAGUGGUUGUAAACAGCUCGGUGCUCGGUAGGAUGUCGGUGCUCCUCUCCGGUUUACUCCCUCUGUACCCGGGUUAAACAUCAACGCAGCGAGCCGUUACAGCUCCGGGACAACAGCCGAGCCGAACCGAACCGAGCCGAGCCAGGUUAACAGCAUGAAUGAGACGGAGGGGCUCCGGUUCCGGCGGGUGCACAGACCGCAGGUCAUCACCGACGAGCUGCCGGAGCACCGAUACAAGGGAUCCGGCACCUACAGCGGGAAGGUCUUCCAGGUCACUCUGCUCUCUCUGGGAGGCUUUCUUCUUCUUCCUCUCCUCAUCGUCAUCCUCAUCCUGGAGUCUCCCAUCCACCCCGAGGUCUUCAGUCUGAAGGAGCCCCCGCUGAUGAAGGGCUGCUGGGAGCCCAACCUGAAGCUCCGAGAGGCUCAGAGACUGUUUGAAGACCAGAUCGUCGGACCGGAGUCCAUCGCCAACAUCGGAGAUGUUUUGUUCGCUGGAACAGCCGACGGGAAGAUCGUGAAGCUGAUUGGUCGAAGAAUUCACACGGUGGCGAGACUCGGAAAACUGCCAUGUGGUUCCAGAGAGGAGGAGUCCACCUGCGGGAGGCCGUUGGGGAUCAGAGUCGGACCCAAUGGGACUCUGUUUGUAGCUGAUGCUUACCUGGGUCUGUUCGAGGUCAACCCCACCACAGGUGAUGCGACCAGGUUGGUGUCAGGCGGUCAGGUGGUCGCGGGCAGGAAGCUGUCGUUCAUUAACGACCUGGCGGUGACUCAGGACGGGAAGAAGGUGUACUUCACCGACUCCAGCAGCAGGUGGCAGCGCAGGGACUACCUGCACCUCAUCAUGGAGGCCACGGCCGACGGACGAGUGAUGGAGUACGACACCGAGACCAGAGAGCUGACGGUGGUGAUGGAGAACCUUCGGUUUCCAAACGGGAUCCAGCUGCUGCCGGACGAGGAGUCGGUGCUGGUGGCCGAGACCACCAUGGCCCGGAUCCGCAGAGUCCACGUUGCCGGUCUGAACAAAGGCGGGAUGGACACCUUCAUUGACAACCUGCCCGGUUUUCCCGACAACAUCCGUCCGAGCUCGUCCGGAGGUUACUGGGUGGCCAUGUCCGCGGUGCGGCCCAACCCCGGAUUCUCCAUGCUGGACUUCCUGUCCCAGAGACCCUGGAUCAAGAAAUUCAUCUUCAAGCUCUUCAGUCAGGAGGUCCUGAUGAAGUUCGUACCUCGGUACAGCCUGGUAGCGGAGCUCCACGAUGGCGGCAUCUGCACCCGGAGCUUCCACGACCCCAACGGCCUGGUGGCGGCCUACGUCAGCGAGGUCCACGAGUACGACGGGAACCUGUACCUCGGCUCCUUCCGCUCACCGUACAUUGCCAAACUCGACCUGCGCAAAGUCUAACGACCCGUCGAUGGACGCACAGACGGACAUUUGGGACCGUUUGGUCUUUAACAGCGACGUCCGACGAGGUGAAUCAAAAACCGCCGGACGGCGGUCGGUCAAAGUUUUUGUUCCAGAUAUUUUGUUUGAAGGAGGGGCUCAGAGUGCGUGACACGUUCAUGUUAUCCGUCUCUGUUAGCGGCUGGGUAUCGAACCUCAGUACCGGUCCGAUAAAUUAUAAACAAUAACAAUUAAAAUUCUUGUUUCAGUUAAUUUACGAAGACGUAUGACAAAGAAAAAUAGCAAAUAUUCCCAUUUUAGAGGCAUUUUGACUAAAAUUAUUAGUUUUUUAUCAGAAUAGUUGCCAAUUUAUUUUUUAUUGAUGGUCUAAGAAAUGAAUUGAUUAAUGUUUGCAGCUGUAAGAUUGAUCAUCUUGUUCCUAAUUCCUGAGUUGAAUCCUCAUUUCUGCACUUUUUGUAUUUUAUGUAAACAAAAGUUUUUGUUUGACAACUUUAGCUUCUUUUCUCCAUUUAUAAAAAGUUUUGUCGAAAUGUGUGUUAAUACUGAGUUAUUGAUCGGCACCAGUAUCGAUACCCAGCCCUACGAUCGCUCUUACCUGAUGAAAAGAAAGAAUCUGGCACUAACCGGCUGAAAAUUGCUUUCCAGCUAGCUUAAUUCAAUUUGAAUUGCUCGCUAACUGGGUUAGCUUGCUAGCAUGCUCAUUGUCACUAUAGCACCAUAAAUAUAACUCGAGCAUUUUGAACCUUUUUUUGCCCGUUUUGGGAGACAGGAGUAAUUUCUCGCUACCUCCAAGCUAACUUUGUACGGUUCAGGUUACCAUUGUUACUGCUACUAGCUAGCCUAUGUUAGCUAGCCGUCUUCAAUUUAAAAACAAGUUAGGAAAAUAAAAGAUGAGUUUACUGGAAAUGUCCACGUAUUAUCUGCAGUAACCUCGAGGCCACCUGCCACGUCAACGUUUGUGUGGUUUAGUUAAAGUUAAAUCAGUUUUAGGAAAGUAAUUAUAACUUAUACGUUUUUAAUGUUUAGCUUGUUAACAAGUUAAAAAGUUAACAAACAUUAUUUAGCAUGUUAUCUUGUCGACGUGCUAAACAACUAAAUGUUAGCAUCUCGACAUUAAAACUCAGUUCAACAGUAUUUUAACAACUACUGGAUGCUAACGUGGCUGCAGAGCGUAACUAUGAACAACGAGUGGGAAGGAAACUCUAAUUCAGAUAAUUUAAUGAGGAGAUAAACGUGUUGUAACACAACUGGCUAAUUUAGGCUAUUAGAUAUGCUAUAUGCUAUAUGCUAAUCUAUGUUGAAAAGACCACAGGUUGAAGAUUAAGAGAUAAACAUUAUAUAAUAUUAUAUAUUUAUAUAUUAAUUGAUAACUAACAUUGACGUUGUGUGAAAGCAGCUUUAUGCUGCCUUUAUGUUUUAUUGGAAGUUUAAGUUUCCCUCUUAAAACCUUUUACUGUGUGCUCCAAUAACAGCUGAGCGAACCUCGGGUCAGAGGUCAGAACCUCCUCGGGUCAGAGGUCAGAACCUCCUCAGGUCAGAGGUCAGAACCUCCUCGGGUCAGAACCUCCUCGGGUCAGAGGUCAGAACCUCGUCGACUUUUUGGUUUCUUAACUAAACUAAAUCCGUCGUUAGCUAGUGAGCUAAUCAUUUGUUAUGCUAUAGAUAUGCUAAGUGCUUAGCUCACCUGUAAGCGACAGAUAGUCAUUAAAUUAUAUAGAGAUAUAUAUUAUAUAUUAUAUAGUCAUAUAAUAUAUAAUAUAUAUCUCUCUCUGGUGUAACCGGAGUUUACGAAUGCUGCUUUCACACAACGUCGGCAGAGCGGGAAAACCGGGACCAGUUACAGGUGGUUAGCCGUAGCGCUAACUUGUGUUUGUAGCAUUUUGAGUGAAACCAGGAACAAACAUUGUGUAGCUGCUAUAAAACGAGCUGCAUUGAUCGCAUUGAUGAGUUUAUGUGUAUUAUUGACGUUAAUGUGAAGCCACACUCUGUUGAUGAGAGGAAGUCAUUUUAUAACCAAUCAAUAAUCAAUGAGGACUAUAAAUUAGCUGUGUGAUGGAUUCUCUGUUGUGUUUGUGCCAAAUUCAGUUUUAGUCCCACGAGGAUCUUUUUGCUCUGAGAGGUUGAACUUCGUCCGACAGCUGCUGCGAUUUCUGUCACAUUAGUUUUUGUGUUUUUGUUGUUUUGUCGUCGUGACGACAGAAAGUUUCCGUUAUUUUCAGCUUUUCAGCUUCUUUUGAAUAAAAACUGAAUAAAAUCUGCAGUUUGAACUAAAA